CUUCUUCUUCUCGCCGCGACUGCUCGUGCGAGCACGCGCUGCAACCAAACAUUACAUUGGACCACCUUCAAAACAGCUUACAUUGAUAAAGGAGCUCUGGGGCAAACGAACUUGCACCAUUUCUAGAGAGGUCUCAGGUCGCCGUCGGACAGGGCCCCGCGCGGGCCCUCGAACAGGAGCUCAUAAGCAGCCAUGGGGAAGAAUCAAGGCCACAAGCAGACGCAGCGCUCCCGCUACACGGGGGGCGACGGUGGCGGCACAGGCGACUACAAUGAUGGCAUGAAGGACGUUUCGUUUCACACAGCCGAGUGGCACGCAGCACGCAUCGCGAACCUGACGGUGGAGCGCAUCGGGUGGGAGGAGUGGCGGUCAAAGCAGAAAGAGGCGGAGGGCAAGCUGGCGGCGGCGGCCGAGGAGGAGGAGCGCAAGAUGCGUGACUACCGGGCUCAGCUGGAUGCUGAUCGCAAGAAGCUGCUGGCGCGGGGUCGCAACCACGAGGACCUUGCCAAGGAGAUCAAGGAUGAGAAGAAGCGGAAACGGAAAGAGAAGAAGAGCAAGAAGGAGAGCAAGGACAAGGACAAGAAGAGCAAGAAGAGCAAGAAGUCAAAGAAGCGGCGGCGGAGUGACAGCGGCAGCAGCAGCAGCGACAGCAGCAGCGACAGCGACAGCGAGGGCAAGGGCGGCGAGGGCGAGCCCGGGGGAGAGGAGGACCCCAACAAGCCCAUGCGCUUGUCAGACUGGCUUAAAAUGUAAUGUAGCAGCGCAGUUGGACUUAACACAUGAACGCGUUUGGGGUUGGCAGAGGGUUGGGUUCAGUGGGGACAGAGUUGGGGCCUUGGGUGCGACUGUGAUGUGGUUGAGGAGGCAGGGCACCUGCGGCUUGACGGGUGAUUGUCAAUUGGACUGACUUGAUGGCAGUUGCAGCACUUGGCCAAGAGGUUGCGACGCGGGGGUGACCAAGGGCGGAGAGGACAGUCAUGGAGCUUGUCAAUCGGAUUUAUCCGCGGUGGCGCGGUGGGGAGCGGAGCGCAGGGUUGGGUUGGACACACAGGAGCUAGGGCAGGGCCAGGGGUGUGGUUAGGGUGCGGACGACACAGGCUGCCCAGGCAGCGGCAUUGGUGGCAUGACCAAGCCGAGAGAGGGGCGGGCACUGCAAGUACCGUACACGGUGUGAGAGUAUUGAGCGAGUUGAGAGAGUGACCACCCCGCGAGAGUGUCCUGAGCUGUCACGACUGACAGAGAGCCUGAGAGGCGUGAACUGUUGAACACUGGCGCGUGGGGCGGACUCGGGCACGUUUGUUCGUGGGGAGCCAUGCGUGAACUGCCUCGCACGGCUUAUCAAGUGCCUGAAAUUCUCU